CACCAAGAACUAAUACAUAGCCCCAUCAUUUGUGUGGUUACCUUGUGUUUCUUCACAAUCCUUCCCACACCAGCAGCGAGCGGACUGUAUCAUAAACCCCUCCCCCAACAGCGCGCGCCUAUAAGAAAAGAAAUUAAUGGCUGCUCUUGCCUCGCCCCUCCGCUCCUAUUUUACCCCUCUUCUCCGCCCCGCUCUCUCCCAUCGCUCUCCCUCAUCAACCUCCUUUCUCUACAGGUCUCCUACCACAAAACCAUCUUCUUUCAUCAACACUCAUAACAGCGCUCGCUUCUUUCGUCCUCCUGCACCAAAGAGAAAAAUGGCUUGGUUCGAGAUUUCCUACACUCCCCCUACUGGCCCAGUUGAGCAAUGGGGUCGUAUUGAGUUCACACUCUACGAUGACGUCGUCCCAAGAACCGCGGAGAACUUCAAAACUCUCUGCACCUACCCGGAGGGAUCUGGCUACAAGGGUUCCAAGUUCCAUAGGGUCAUUAGUAGAUUUAUGGCUCAGGGUGGUGACUUCACCCGUGGCAACGGAACUGGCGGGAAGUCUAUCUGGGGUGACAAGUUCAAUGAUGAGAACUUCCUCAAGAAACAUAACAAACCGUAUCUUCUCUCUAUGGCAAACGCCGGACGGAACACCAAUGGAUCACAGUUCUUCAUCACUUUCGUUGAAACCCCCCACCUUGACGAUAAACACGUCGUCUUCGGCGAGGUGUCUAACGACGUUGGCCGGGCUAUCGUGCAGAGGAUGGAGGAAAAGUCUCUGGAUGGUAGCGGCCGCACUUCUGGCACCAUUACCAUCUCUGAUUGUGGUGCUUAUUAAGCAGACCGCGUUCUGCAUUCACCACAUAUAUCCCCCCCCUUUGUUUGCGAAUCGUUAGGGAAAUUAGUGGAUGAAGUAGAAUUUCUAGGUGUUUGGUUUGGUUUUCCACUCUAGUUAUUCUAAAAAAAAAACUAUCAUUGUCUUGUUUGA